AUGACAUCGCCCUAUGAUCAACAGUGGGAGGAUACCCGUAUUUACGGGUAUAAUCUAAGCGAUUCUGCCCAAAGCUUCCAUCCUCUAGCUCCUGAUCUUGACUGGAGCGCAUCCGCAGAAUUCGAAGGGUUCAUGCCCAAUGAUGUGGUGCCUAUCUCCUCCUUCCUGUCGCUUCGCACUCAGCCGAAUUCCUUGGCAGUGCAGGGGGGCUCUACUCGUGCCAUGUCAACUAGCGUGCCCCACCAACAGAUCGCCUCGAAUCCUGGAAUUGCAGCCUAUCCAAAUCUCUCCCAGGAGCCGGCUGUAAUUUCCCAGGGACGCAACAGUACUCGAAGCCACGCUAGAAGAAAUCAAAUCAGCGGAUCGGCUUCGCACAGCCCCGACGAUCCGGAGUUUCGAUGCAAGUGGGAAGACUGCAGCUACAUGGGCACUUUCAAACGAGAAUCUUCUCUCAUCCGCCACAUUCGGAAAAUACACGUCAGCCCUCUUGCUCAUCUAUGUCCAGUACAAGGUUGCGAGAAGGCUUUUAAUCGUGCGGACAACCUGGCUCAGCACACACGAAACAACCACUAUAUUUACUAA